AUGAAAACGUUGGAAACAUUUGUAAAGACGAUAGCUCAAAUGAUUUUUAAACCCGAAGAAGCUUCAAUAUCUAUGAAGUCAAUGAACACACAUGAUGUUAAACAGCCCAACUGUCUUAAAUGGCCAUUAAAAGUAGAAGAUUUAAAACAAUCCAAACAUUUAUGUUUAUUUGGAUAUGUAUUUGAUGUUUCAAAUGAUCAGAAAUUUAGUGGUAUGGAUGGAAUAUACACAAAUCUGACUGGUCAUUGUGAUAUAUACAAAUUUGUUGGUGAAUCGAAACGUUAUGGUUUAGAUGGGUUGACAAUUGCUCAAAUCUUUGAUUUAUCACAACAAUUUCAAGAAGUUGUAAAUAAUUAUACAUGCAUUAGUUAUGUUCCAGGAAUAUAUCUGGAUCCAAUGGGUGAACCAAUGGCCUAUUUUCAAGAAAUUAUGCACAUAUGGGAUAUGAUUAUUAAAGAAAAUGAGAAGAUUUUUUCCCUAUUUCCUAAAUGUGAACUAAGAAGCGUGGGGGAUCAGAUUUAUGGAUACUGUAAAGAUAAAAGAUCUAGUAAUCCCUUAGAGUUUACAACUCCAAAACAGUUAAAUCAUCCAAAUUUCUUGAAACCACCAUGUGUUUGUGUAACCCACAGAAGGAGUGAUCAUUUAAAAUCACUUUUCAACUUUCAAGAUUAUCAUGACUGUCAAUCGAAGAAUGAGUGUUUGCUGAAUCCAAUUUAG